AAUUAUUUGGCUAAAAAAAUAAAUAAAAAUAAACGUCUGGAAAAUAAAUAACGCAGAAGUUAAAAUAAAAAUAGAGAAAUCAGUUAAUAUAAAUUUAAAAAAGUAAAAAAAAAUAAUUAAAGUAAAACAAUUAUAUAUCAAAAUUUAAAUUUACAAAAUAUAUACAUUUAAAAAAAUAUUAAUAAAAAAUAACAAAAAUAAAAAAACACAAAAUUUAAAAAUAAACUGCAACUAACUGAGAAAGAAAUUAAACGAAAUCCCAAAAAUAACAGCUAACGUUAAAACAAAUCACAACAUCUCUUAUAUAAAGAAAUUAGUAAAAUUGGAAAAAAGUUAAAAUUAAAUAUUUUUUAUAUACUGCAAUUUAUUUACCAUUAAAAAUAAAUACAUAAAAAAUUAAUAAAUUAUAGCAAAAUUAAAAAUAAAUUGAAAAUAAGUGCAAACUAAACAAACCAAUGCCCCCAAUGUUAAUGUGAAAGGAAAUACCUGCCCAUAAAAAAAAAACAAAUAGCUGAAAAAAAUUAAGUUCAAACUUAACAAGGAAAAAAAUAAUUACUAAAAAAUACAACAACAACACCAACCAAACAGCCAUACACAAACAAGUGUUAUUUCACAAUCAAAACAGAAACGUGUACAUUAUUUUCCAGAAAAAUAAAAUAACAGCAACAACAACAUCAACUACUAAAUUUAACCAAAAAAUAUAAAUUAUAUACUAAAAACAACUGUAUUAACGCACAUUUCGUACUGAGCGUGUGUGUGUCUACUGCUGCUGCUGCUGUUUUUUGGCGUUACACUUGAUUCAACAAAGCGUGAAGAAAGAAUAUCGAUCGCAUCAAAAUCUCGAGAGUAUGUCUUCUUCAGAAUAUAACAUGAUGAUGACCUCAAGGGGUGAUGUUGUGGUGGCUACAUAGAAAAAAACGCUAACGCUUGUAUAAACGAACCUUGUACAAAAAAGAGCUUUGUGUGGUAACAAUAAAGCACACACACACACACUGUGAAUAACGCUUUUUAUAAAAAAGAAAAAAAAAAACAACAACAUUUUUGCAUCUUCGAAUUUGUAACUAACAAAUUUCAAAACCAAGUAACAAUAACUCAACUCCAUUUUGUACCAUAAAACGCAAGACGCAAUGAUUUGGAUAAGUUGCUGCUUUAGCUGUCUCUACUAUUCUUCUUCUUCUUCAUCAUUUUUGUUAACUUCAUUUUGUAUAAAACAAAAACAACAACAACUACAUUAACCACAACAAUUGAGAAAUCCAACAAUCAACGAUCUAUGCCAUUGAUGGUUUGGAUUGAAACCCGAAUCAAUAUUGCAAAUAACAAUAACAAAGAUCGUUACGAACUUGCGCUUGACUAACCCAAAAAUCGAAAAUAACCACUCCGCUCGUGGACCACACAGUGACGCCAAUAACGCCAAGAGCCUAAGAAACCCGACCAACCCCUGUCUGCUGAACGGGGUCUUCGAAGGCAACCAACUGAAGCGACAGCAACAUAACAAUUGCAACGCAACAUGCAUACAAAUAAAUUUCUAAACAACAAAACUAAAACGUCAUUCAAUUCAUCUGCAUUAUCAUCUCCAUCAUCACCGCCACCACUGGCCACAUCAUCAUCGCCCUUAACCUCAUUAUCGCCAUCAUCAUCAUCAUUAUCACCUUCAUCAUCGACAUCAUUUGAUGUUGACCAUCACCACCAUCAUCCGUAUCAACGCAACAGCCAUUAUUCGCAGCAUUCAUAUCAUACCAAUCCACAUCAAACAACAAAUUUCAAUACUCCCCACAACCACAACAACAACUCCAAUUCAUCGUUUGCCUCCUCGAUUGAUUUAGAACCAUACCUGGAAGCCAUGGAGGCACGUUCCAUUCAACGUCACCCGGAAACUGAUGUCUGGGAAGAAUUGCAGCGCAAAGAAUCGGACAUACUGCUGGCCGCUGAACUGGGCAAGGCAUUGCUCGAGAAGAAUGAGGAAUUGGUGAAACAGCAUGAGAAACUAAUUGAAGAGAAUUCCAUUAAAAUAGAGAAAUUAGAACAAGAGAAACAUGUUCUACGACAAAAACUGGCCAUUGCAGAAGAAGAAAGCGAGCAGCGUGUGCUGGAAUAUCAAACUGAUCUCAAUGAACUCAAAGACAAAUUGCAGGCUCAGGAAAUCGCAAUACGUCAAGCUGAGAAAGAAAAAACCUUGAUAAUCGAAGAAUUAACAAGUCAGAAUGCCCGUUUAACGGAGCAGAUACAAGAGGCACACAAUACGGAAAUGAAGUUGAUGUCACAAAUACAAGAACUAAAAGAUCAGUACCAAUAUAGAAACACCAGUUUACAGGAACAUGUCAAUAGUCUAGAGUCUAUCAAAACGGAAUUGAAUCUAACCACAGAAAAACGCCAUGAGCUAGAGAAACGUUUGCAGGCCGUACAAGAAGAAAAACAAAAUCUAGCUGCUGCCCUGGAAGAAUCAUCGGACCGUAUUCAUAUGUUGGAAAGACAUGCCCGUGAACAGGAAACUAAACUAGAGACUACCUUACAAGCAUUGGAAAGAGCGACCAGGGAAAACAAUGUACUCAGUGAACGUUUGGGUGCGGACUCCUACUCCGCAUCGACGGGUAAAAAAUCACUGCAAUUUGAAAUGGAAUGUGACGAAGAUGAGGCCAAUUUCUCCGAGGAUGGUAAACCUUCACAAAUUUGGGUUGAAUCUCGUUCUGUUUACAUACAAUUGAAAUCCUUGGUGGAUUCUUUGAAAAUCAGUCAUGACGAUGAUUCAGGUUUUACAGGUUUAAAUUCGGACAUAUCAUUGGAUUUGGAAUCUAUGGAUAAUACCAUAUCAUCGACAAGUGAUAUUGGUGGUAGUGGUGGCGUUAGCAACGGCAUGGACAACAAUGGUAAUGGACAUCCAGUUAAUUUCCGCCCAGGUAUGCUGUCGGCCAUGUCAGAUGAGCUGACACGCUUGCUGUUGAAUUUGGAUGCUGGUAAUUUCAAGAAAAUGUUGGAUCAAACACGUAAUUUGGUAUUGGAGCAGGAAGAUGAAAUCAAGAGAUCUCAUCAACUGAUACAACAGCUAGAAGCUAAGUGCGCUGUUACUGACGUUGAGUUACAAAAUGUCAAAGAAGAAAGAGAUCAGGCCCGUAGCGAUUUGGUUGACAACACUGAUCGCGAUGAAUUGCUAGCUAAAGCCCAAAAAGAACGUGAUAACGCCAAUGAAAGGCGUACCAAGGCCGAAGUUGAAUUGGCCAAGACCCGUGUGGAACUCAUGCAAGCCAAUUCACAAUUAUUGGAAUCCAUUCAACAAAAGGUUGAACUGUCACAACAAUUGGAACAGUGGCAGAUGGAUAUGCAAGAAUUGAUCGAAGAGCAAAUGCGCUCGAAAAUGAUCAACAAUCGCAAGAGCCAACAACCCCAACCACAGACGAAUGCCAGUGGAGCCAGCAAUUUGGCCAAACGUUUGUCCAACUACAAAUUGUGGAGCCUUUUUCAACGGUAAUCUGAUGUCGUUGAAGUGGUGGCGCUAUGCGUCGUUAAUUUUAAUCAUGUAAAAGCUUUCAAACGUUUAUUAAAUUGAGUUUCUUUUUUAUUAAUGAUUUACAUAAAUGUACUUAUUAUUACCAUUACAAUUUAUCUUAUAAUUUACUCUCUCUCUCUCUAUUUUCAUAAAUUGUGUAUAAAUUCUGUACAUUUUUUUAUUAUUAUUAUUAUGAUAUGUAUGUAUAUCAUGUUGUUUUUAUAAGAAAUAUUUAUAUUAAUUGUAUUUUUGUAUUUUUACUUAUAUAUUAAACCAUUAUUAAUAGAGUGAGGUUAAAUAAAACAAGUAAACAAGCAGCUCUGUUCGGCCGAGCCGAACUUUUAAUGCCCUCCACCAUUUGAAGAGAACUUAAAAAAAAUGCAUCUUAAAAUACCUUUUAAUUUAAUCAUGUUAUUUGGAGCUAUACCAAGACAUGGAUCAUGAGUAAUUUUCUGUCAUAGAAGCGAUUACGAUCUUCAAACAUGAGCAUCGCUAAAUUAACUCAGAAUUUGACGCUGUUGCAGAAUAUUUAUAGGGUCUAUUUCGAUAAGUUUAUACCCUCAAUAAAAUGGUGGAGAGUAAAAAAAAACUGGAAAAAUAUUUUUAAACAAUUAACAAAAAAAAAAAACAUUGUAACAAAUCAAAAUUUACACACAACUAACCACUUUGUUAAAGAAUAAAUCAUAAUAAAUCAUAAAUUGUACCUUUCUUGAUGAUAAUAUUAUAGCAAAAAUUAAUAAUAAAAGAGACACACUAAAUAUAAAAGUAAAAUUUACAAUGUAAUAUUUAAUUUUUUAUAUGUUUUCUUUACAGUAAUAUGAAACAUUAACGCUUUUUCUUAUUAAAUUACAUUGACAUAUAAUGUAUGUAACCAAUUUAUACACAGAUAUAUAUUUUAUAAUAGAAUCGGAAAAAACAAUAACUGUAUAUAAGAGAAAAUUAAGAAAAUAUGAAAAAAAGGUGAUAAAAUUAUACAUGCAUGCAUUGAUAUGUCAAAAUUUUUUAAAUGUUCUUUUUUAAGUCGAUGUUUAUAUGUUUUCUUAUACGAGGUCAGCCGGAGGUUAUUACGGCAUGAAUUUUUCAAUUUUUUUUACAAAUUUCAAUACAUUUUCUUUAAAAAAUUUUCAAUUGCAAAAUUGGUUUGACAGUUCAUUAUCCCAGCAGAUGUGUAGAUGCGACUACCAGUAUUCUUGUACCAUAUCCCAUUGCGUAUACGUGAAAUGCAAUUGAUUUGACAGUUGAAAUCCACUGGAUUUAUUCAGUCUAAAGGUACUGUGAAAGAUUUCUCAUAUUAGUAAAAAAUAACCCUCUGCGUUAAAUUGACCUGAAAACUAAUUCUUGUUCAUAUUGACAUUAAACAUUUUAUGCAAUCUUGAUUUGCGAAGUUUAACAAAAAAUAAAUAAUUGACACAAGAUCAUUUAAAAUGGUAGCCAGCAUAGCUGCUAACAUAAUUUUAAAUAAACAAAAAAAUAUAUUAACAUCAAAAAGUCUUAAGGGCUAAGUACAUAAGAAGCUUGAAGUCAUGGCACGGCCUAUUUUGUGACAUUUUACAAAGGAAUUACAGAGCCGCACUAAAAUCCUGCCGUCGUUUUUCAUUAUAAUUUGGCAUUAAUAUGCCUAGCCAUGACUUCAAGCUUUUUAUGUAUUUGCAGCCUUAAGCUGGAAAUACAUAAAGCGCUUAUCUGGCUGGCUUAAGUCAUCGGCUGGCUUCUUCGUAAAUGAACAAAGGAGGUUUAGGUUGACUUAGUUCGAUUUUGGCCCUAGGCUCCUUUGUUCAUCUACGAAGAAGCCAGCCGAUGACUUAAGCCAGCCAAAUAUGCUCUUUUUGUAUUUCCAGCCUAAAGCAUUCCCAGCUCUGCAUUUUCUGUAAUUUACCUUAUCAAAUUUCACUGCAAAGAAAACAGAUUCAUAUCUCUGAUUUUUGUAUACAAUUAAUUUGUAAAUAUAAAUUUUGACAAUGAGAUAUUGUCAAAUGAAUAAUUUUGAAAAAUUUGUAAACAUAUGAUUGCCUGACUUUACCUUCUUAGUUCUACCAUGAUUUAUACAUUAUCUGUAAGUAUGAAAUCUUAUAGGUUUGUUUUGAGUUAUGCAUACAUAAAGAGGGUCGGCUGACUCACAUUGCAUUGUAUCCAUGGUAGAAGAAUACAUGUAGCUGCAUCGACAUAGCUGCUAGGACAAUAAAUUGUCAAACCAAUUUUAAAAUUUAAAUUUUUGAAUUUAGAGAUAUAUUUAAACGACUCGGCUUUGUUUUUAGAUCAAUUGUGUUUUAAAAAGCUUGAAGUCAUGGCUAGGCAUAUUAAUAUCAAAUUAUAAUGGAAACCGACGGCAGGAUUUUAGUGCGGCUCUGUAAUCCCUUUAUGAAAUGUCACAAAAUUUGCCUAGUCAUAACUUCAAGCUUCUUAUGUACUUACAGCUUUACUUUUCGAACUGACAUCUAUUGCAAUGUGUACAUCAGCAAAUACUAGCGUAUUAUGGCAUUCUUGGAUUUGAGAACUUAAAUUUUACAUCCGUUGCAAUCCCAAAAGCUAUAAACAUUAUUUCAUAUUUUCUUAAUUUCUCUCGAUAUAUGUAUAUUUACUAACAUUGAAAAUUCGUAUGCCUUACAUUCGUUUAACGCUAAAGAUAAUAUUUUGCAAAAUACAAUAAUUUUAUAAAAAUAUACAUACAAAUAUUUGGAUAAAUUUACUACUUAUUACAAAACAAAAAACAUAUCGCUGAAAAACAAUAUUCAUUUUCCAUAGAUUCUUAAAAAAAAAACAAAUUUAAUAGGUUACACAGGCCGCGAACUCAGGUUUUAAGGUGAAAACACACAUUACUGCACUUUCUUGCUUUGGAAAUGUCAAAUUAUAAAAGCAUAUCAAGGUCGCUGGGGAAUUCAGAUGCCGUUGUUUUUUAUAAUUUGGCUACGACGAAGCAAGAAAAUCAAUACUGUUUCAUCCUUUACAGCCUGAUUCCGUAAGAUUUUUACCCAUUUAUUCGUUUAUAUUUUAAUUCUUAAGAUGAGGGUACAUAAGCAGCUUGGCGUCGUGGCUAGGCAUAUUAAUGUCAAAUUAUAAUGGGAACCGACGGCAGAAUUUGAAUGCGGCCAUGGCUUCCCUUUACGAUAUGUCACAAAAUAUAUCAUGCGAAGACUUCAAGCUGCUUAUGUACCCACACCUUUACACCAAAAAAAUAUUUUCUGUCAAUGAGAAGCAAACGGAAACUUUUUUGUUUUUACUCACAUUUUUGUAAAACUGUUAAUAUUUUUGAAAAGCACAAAAAUUUAUUUUUUACUGAAAAACAAUUUGCUUUGACAGCAUGGAAAGAUAUUAAGCUGUCAUCCUGGUAAAUACACCUUAGUUUUUGUGUUAUGCCUAGAAAAAUUUGACCCUCUAACACAAACCCUUAUGGAAUACAAGUAUUUUAUUUAAAGCAAUUUAUUAUUUUGUGUGAUUUGUCAUAAAAUAACAAAACUUGUACCAAUCCCCAAAAAAAACAA